AUUAAAAAGAAAAAUUUUAUUUAUUUUUAUAAAAUUUUUUAACUAAAUUCUAUUUAAUUGUAUUUUCGUCUCUAUGCAUUACGUGAAUCAUGGAAAAUGUUUUUCCUGCAUUAUCAUAGCUUCAUCAUAACGCAUGUUGUUGUUGGGGUUCUCUUUACAUCACUCUAGGUCCAGGGGAUAAGGAUUUUCAAUUCGUUAAGAUCUAGAAGGUUCUAUUUGGCAUAAUAAUAAUUAAUAAUUGUGCUAAUUAAGUUCCCUCCAUCUUUUUUAACACACUCUUUUCAGCCAUUAAUUGUGGUUGCAAUAACAUUCUAAAUUUCUAAUACCGCCAAAGAGAGAGAGAGAGAGAGAGAGAGAGAACAGAUCUCCUUUUAGAAAUGGUGGAGGAACAGAUUCUGAUGCGUCCAGAGACCGCUGCUAAUUUGAGUCCGGAUUCCGUCGCUGAGUUCCCCGUUUCGCCGCCGGUUUACAAUGACGUCGUUGUGGUGCCUGAGCAAGAAAAGGACGUGCUUCAGAAUUUGAUCUCCAAUUUAGAAAGUGAAAUUAAGCAGCUGAGGAUUAAGCAGAGAACGUGGGAUGAAAAGCGGAGAGGGGCUUUGAGAAGGAUAUUAGACAUUAAAGGGAGCAUUAGAGUAUUUUGUAGGAUUAGACCAUUUCUGCUGGCAGAGAAGAGAAGAGGUUCUGAACCAGUUUCGGCUGGAUCGGAGAGAAUUCGGAUGAAGUUUGGAGGGAGGAAGAAAGAUUUUGAGUUUGAUAAGGUCUUCUGUCAAGAAGCAAGUCAAGAAAGUGUUUUUGUUGAGGUUGAGCCAAUUCUGAGAUCGGCAAUGGAUGGCCACAAUGUGUGUGUUUUUGCUUAUGGUCAAACAGGCACAGGAAAAACAUUCACAAUGGAUGGUUCAAAUGAGCAGCCUGGAAUUAUUCCGCGAGCUCUUGAAGAGCUCUUUCGUCAAUCAUCUGUGGAUAAUUCAUCUUCUUUUACCUUUUCAAUGAGCAUGUUGGAAGUUUACAUGGGCAAUCUCAGGGAUCUGCUGGCUCCAAGACUGUGUAAUAAAGCAUAUGAACCUAUGACAAAAUGCAAUCUCAACAUCCAAACAGAUCCAAAGGGGUUUAUUGAAGUUGAGGGUCUCUCUGAAGUGCCGAUUUCAGAUUAUGCUAAAGCCAGAUGGUGGUACAACAAGGGAAAAAGGUUCAGAUCCACAUCAUGGACAAACGUCAAUGAAGCGUCAAGCAGGUCACACUGCUUGACAAGGAUAAACAUUUUUCGCCAUGGGGAUGGUUUGGAAGCUAGAAGGGAAGUAAGUAGACUGUGGAUGGUUGAUCUUGGAGGCAGUGAACGGCUGCUUAAAACCGGAGCCAAAGGGCUAACAAUGGACGAGGGCCGAGCCAUUAAUCUUUCCCUUUCUGCUUUAGCUGAUGUCAUUGCAGCUUUGAAGAGGAAGAGGUGCCAUGUGCCUUACAGAAAUAGCAAGCUGACUCAAAUAUUAAAAGAUUCCCUUGGUGAUGGCUCAAAGGUCUUGAUGCUUGUGCAUAUAAGCCCAUCUGAAGAAGAUAUUUGUGAGACAAUUUGUUCCUUGAACUUUGCAAAGAGGGCAAGAGCAGUAGAGUCUUGCAAAGAAGUACCAAUGGAAUUGAAGAAGCAGAAGGAGAAGAACAUUAUGGAGCUCGAGGAAGACAUUAGGGAAGCCAUAGAACAACGUCAAAAUUUAGGGGAUCAAAUACAGAAGGUUGAGUUCAGGUUAACUGAGAGUAGAAAGCUCUUCUCAACUACAUAUAGUCUUCCGGAAAAUGACAGCAUGGAAACCUUUACUACGUCCAAAGAUGAUGUCAAAGAGGUUAUUGAAACUCCCAAAGCAUCUAAGAAGACUAUUCAAAGAAACUUCUCUAGUUCAGUGCCUCGAUUCAUGAAUCCAACGAUUGCUAGUCGCCAAAGGCAAAGUGUUUCCGAACGAGAAAUCAGUGCUAGAUCAAAGAUUUUAAGAUCGGCAGUCACUAGAAACUCAAUCCAGUUUCCUUGUUCCCAAUCAUUAAGCCAUUCAGAUCUCCGCAUCAAAGCAAUUCUACGAAGUUCAAAUGCAAAGUCUCAAUAUGCUAAAACAAAUACAGUCCUUGCAGAAAAGCCCAAGUGCAUUGAAUCAGAACAAAAAAUCAUUAAUCCUCAGGGCAAGAUGAUUACAUCAACAGAUCCAAACUUGAGAGUUACAUUGUGCCGUCAUAGAAGAAGAAUGUCUGAUCUCGUUUAAGGGUGAAAAGACAUAAUGGUUGCUGGAUUUUUUUUUUUUAUAAAUGUUUGAAGUGAUUGCUUUUGCUUGCUUAACUCAACUUGUGUCUAUAACAAAUUGAGAGUACAGGUGUGUUUCUAGGGUGGUUUUGUCUAGGGAAUCUGUUAGUUGUUCAUCAUGGUAUUUUUGUGCUUAUGAGUUUGACGAUCCUAUUAACUUGUUUAUGUGGUUUUGUAACCCAUAUGAGGGAUUCUUUGGUCCAGAAGUGUUUUGUACCAACGAAUCCGUAAAGAAGUUAACUUUUUUGUGGAGUUUGAGAGUUUAUAGUAAUAUGAUUGAUUUAAGAUA